AUGGCGAACACGAGGCUCACGGUCGUGGCCAUGCUUGUGAUCUUACUGCAGCUGUCCACGUUAUCCGUGGCCCGGCACCACGGCGGCGGUGGUCGCGGCGGCGGCGGCGGCACGCCUGGCGUGAUGACGGUGAACGGGUUCCAGAAAGGCGAGGACGGCGGCGCACCGUCGGAGUGCGACGGCAAGUUCCACAGCGACAAGGACAUGAUCGUGGCGCUGUCGACGAGGUGGUACGCGGGCGGACGCCGGUGCGGCAAGAUGAUCAACAUCACCAGCAAGAAGAACGGGCGCACCGUGCAGGCCAAGGUGGUGGAUGAGUGCGACUCCAACCACGGCUGCAAGACCAACAUCGUGGACACCUCCGAAGCCGUGUGGAAGGCGCUCGGGCUCGACAGCGACAUCGGCGAGGUGCCCGUCACAUGGUCCGACGCCUGA